AUGGCCGAAUCAGCUAAUGCUAAUGCUGCGAGCGCCGCGCUGCCUGAUCUUGAUGUGGAUUCCGGGAACACAACUGACGACUAUUCCGUCUACUCCAGCGGACUAGAGAGCGCCACAACAUCCCUAAAAUCGAGUGUCCUAAAAUACAAAUAUGAACAUGGAAGAAGAUACCACGCAUACAAAGAAGGUUCCUACUAUGGUCCCAACGACGAGGCCCAGAACGAGCAAUUAGACAUCUUCCACCACUACUGCACCCUCGCCAUGGGUGGGAAGCUCCAUCUCGCGCCCAUUGGUGACAACCCGCAGAAGAUCCUGGACAUCGGCACGGGAACGGGAAUCUGGGCCAUUGAUUGCGCGGAUAUAUAUCCUUCCGCCCAGGUCAUCGGUAACGACCUCUCACCAAUCCAGCCGUCAUGGGUACCUCCGAACCUACAGUUCGAAGUCGACGACCUAGAGAGCGAAUGGGCGGUUCCUCCGGACGUGUUCGACUUCAUCCACAUGCGCUACAUGGUCGCCUGUGUCAGCGACUGGCCCACGCUCUUCCGAAAAGCAUACACCGCAACCAAGCCCGGCGGAUACUUUGAAUCGCAAGAACCCACGCUCCAGAUCUUCUCCGACGACGGCACGCUCCCGCGCGGCUCACCAAUUGAUAUCUGGGUCGACAAGAUGGCGGAAGCGGCAGAUAAGUUUGGGAAGCCGGCUCAUAUCGCGCACCGCACAAAGGCCUGGAUGGUCGAGGCAGGCUUCGAGGACGUUCAUGAGAAGGUUAUUAAGACCCCGCUGGGCCCGUGGGCGAAGGAUCCGAAUAUAAAGGAGAUUGGGAAGUAUGCGCUGCUGAGCGCGUUGACGGGGUUUGAGGGAUUCACGAUGGCGCUGUUUACGCGGGUUUUGGGAUGGUCAAGUGAAGAGGUGCUGGCCUUCUGCGUAAAGUGCAGAGAGCAACUCAUAGAUAGAAAGACGCACGUGUAUCAAAACUACCAUGUCGUUUAUGGACGCAAACCUGAGAAGGACGAAAAGUAA